AUGAAGGGCGUGGAACUGUUAUCGUUAUUGGCAUGUAUCUCGUCAGGCUUGGCGUCGAUCCUGCCGUCUUCUCAAGAGCCGCUAGCAGACUCUGAUAUCGCCCGGCACAAGCUCCGUCUCACCCACGAUCUGGUCAACUUUCAUAAGAACCUUACCCAGAUUGAGUCCAUAUCCGGGAACGAAAAGGAAGUUGGCGACUGGCUAGCCGCUAGUCUGGAAUCGCAAGGCUACAAUGUCGAGAAGCAGUAUCUGUCAAAGGACCCCGAAAGAUUCAAUGUCUUUGCUUGGCCGGGCAAGACCAGGGAGACUCAAGUACUGCUGACGAGUCACAUCGAUACGGUCAGUGAAUGAAUUCAACGACCAUAUCUGCAAUGGCUUGCUUACUGAGCCGACAGGUGCCCCCUUUCUUACCAUACAAUUACAACAAGACCAACAAUGUAAUCUUUGGCCGUGGUUCUGUUGACGCCAAAGGGAGCGUAGCUGCCCAGGUCAUCGCACUCAACCAGCUUCUCGUCGAUGACAAGGUCUCGCCAGAUGACGUAUCGGUAUUAUACGUCGUUGGAGAAGAAGUUGGUGGCGUCGGCAUGCGCAAAGCCAACGAUUUGAAGUUACAUCCUAAGACGGUGAUAUUCGGCGAGCCAACCGAGGAGAAACUGGUCUCCGGCCACAAAGGAACGAUGCAGAUGUCUUUCACCGCGAAAGGUAAAUCUGGCCACUCGGGAUACCCAUGGCUUGGCCGCAGCGCAAAUGAGGUUCUAGUCAGAGCUCUCUCGCCCCUGAUUGAUCUUGGGCUGGAGCUACCAGAGUCCGACAAAUACGGAAUCUCAACUUUCAAUCUCGGUCGCAUUGAAGGCGGCGUGGCAAGCAACGUCAUUGCCGAGUCUGCUUUCGCGAAUGUGGCCGUGCGUAUUGCAUCUGGCACGCUGGAAGACAUCCAGAAGAGCGUGCGAAAUGCCGUCAAGCAUUCACUGAAAGAAUUUCUUGAGGGCGAGAUUGGACUGGAAGAUAUCCUCGAAAUCGACUUCGGUGGCAACGGAUAUGCGCCUAUCGAUCUAGAUUCCGACGUUCCCGGCUUCGACGUGAUCACUGUCAACUAUGGCACUGAUAUUCCAUGGCUGAACAAGACCGUCGAAGAUCAGAAGAGGUAUCUUUACGGCCCUGGCACGAUUCUCGUCGCACACAGUGCAGAUGAAAAGCUCACUGUAGGUCAGCUCGAAGAGGCUGUGGAAGGGUAUCAGAAAAUCGUUCUACAUGCCCUUGGAAAGGGCGAAUCUGAGGCCAAGAUCGAUUUGUAG